AUGUACCUCAAGUCAAUUGUUAUUGAAGGUUUUAAGUCUUAUGGUCAGAGGACGGAAGUUCGUGACUUUGAUCCACUUUUCAAUGCUAUUACUGGCUUAAAUGGUAGUGGCAAGUCCAAUAUCUUGGACUCCAUCUGUUUCGUGUUGGGGAUCACCAAUCUGUCACAGGUGCGUGCUUCCACCUUGUAUGACCUAGUUUAUAAGAAUGGACAAGCUGGAAUUACUAAAGCAACUGUGUCUAUUACCUUUGAUAAUUCUGACAAGAAACGAAGUCCUCUGGGAUUUGAAGAUUGUAAGGAGAUCACUGUCACUAGGCAGGUUGUUGUUGGAGGUAGAAAUAAAUAUUUUAUCAAUGGUUUCAGUGCCACCAGCAAUAGAGUGCAGGAUCUCUUCUGUUCCAUUGGACUCAAUGUCAAUAACCCUCACUUCCUCAUUAUGCAGGGACGAAUUACCAAAAUUCUCAGUAUGAAGCCACCAGAGAUUUUAGCUAUGAUUGAAGAAGCAGCUGGUACUAGGAUGUAUGAAAGCAAGAAAAUAAGUGUACAGAAAGCCAUAGAGAAGAAGGAAAACAAACUGAAAGAAAUUCAAAUGGUCUUAGAUGAGGAUAUCAAUCCAACUUUACAGAAACUGAAAGAGGAACGAGCAUCCUAUCUAGAAUACCAAAAAGUAACACGAGCAAUAGAACACUUAAAACGUUUCUGUGUGGCUUAUAGUUUUGCUCAAGCUGAAAAGGCAAGAGAAUCCUCCAGUGAAAUGUUAAAGGAACUGCAGGCUAAUGUGGGAAAGCUUUGUGAAUCAAAGGCUGAAAAUGAACAUAAGAUGAAACAACUUAAUGAAGUGGCAGAGAUGGAAAAGGAAAGGUGUAAGGAAGCUGCUGGUGUUCUCCAUUCACUGGAACAUGCUCUUUCAGAAAUUAAAAGAGAAAAUACCAGAGCACAAAGUACCCUGGAUCUCAAGAAGCAAAACUUAAAAAAUGAAAAGAUUAAGUAUGAAGAACUGGUAAAAAGUAUGCAGAAGGAUUCUAAAGCAUUGACAUCAAAGGAGAAUGAAGUAAAGAAGAGAGAGCAAGAGCUAAAUGCUUUACAGGAAACAAGUGAAAAAGAUACAGUUGCCUUGAAUGCAGCGCAAUACCAUUUUAAUGCUGUGUCUUCUGGCUUGUCUAGUGGCAAUGGGGAAGAUGCUACUCUGUCUGAACAGAUGAUGGCUUGUAAAACUGAAAUCAGCAAAGCAGUGACAGAGGCUAAACAGGCCCAAAUGAAGUUGGAUUAUGCACAAAAAGAAUUAAAGACAAAACAAGCUGAAGUUAAUAAGAUGGAUGCAGGCUACAAGAAAGACCAAGAGGCACUUGAAGCUGUCAGGAAUACAAAAAAUCAACUAGAGGAUGCAAUGAAGAAGCUGAACUAUGAAGAAGAGAAAGAAGCUGCCCUUUUAAAAGAAGAGAAGGCACUGACACAUGACAUCUGUCGGCUGAAGGGAUUGCAUGAAAGAUUAGUGGCAAAGUUUCCUUCUCUACAGUUUAGAUACAGCCAUCCAGAGAAGAAUUGGGAUUCAAGACGUGUGAAAGGCCCAGUUUCAAAUCUUAUGGUUAUGAAAGAUGCAUCCCAAGCAAAAGCCCUAGAAGUGGUGGCUGGAGGGAAACUCUUUAACAUUGUUGUGGACACUGAGGCUACUGGCAAACUGCUUUUACAAAGGGGUGAACUACAUCGUCGAUACACCAUCAUUCCGCUAAACAAGAUUGCAGCUGUGUGUGUUGAACCAGCAAAAAUCAAUUUGGCCAAAGCCUUGGCUGUCCAUGAUAACUUGGAUUUAGCUCUUUACCUAAUUGAAUAUGAACCUGAACUACAGAAAGCGAUGGAGUAUGUAUUUGGAGGAACACUGGUCUGUAAUAGCAUGGACACUGCCCAGAAAGUGACCUUUGACAAAAGGAUAAUGACAAGAACUGUUACAACUGAUGGAGAACUGUUUGACCCCCAGGGCUCCCUGCGUGGAGGUGCGUUUUUGAAUGCUCCAUCAAUCUUGUCUUCACUCAAAGAAAUUAAAGAUACUGCAAUAGAACUCUCUGCAAAGGAACACAGACUUAAGGCUGUGGAGGAGGAGCUGGCAUGUUUGAAGAAAGUUGGUGAAAAGUACCGGCAACUGAAGCAGAAGUGGGAGAUGAAGUCUGAGGAAGCAGAGCUGCUGGAAAAGAAGCUUCAGCUAAGUGCUUACCACAAGCAAGAGGAAGAGCUACUGGCACUGAAGAAAACAAUUGUGGAGUGUGAAGAGACAUUAAAGAGAACUGAAGAGACCCAACAGAAGGCAGAAGAUAAAUAUAGGCUAAUAGAGAAAAAAAUUAAAGUCAGAGAAGCAGAGCGUGCACAACAACUGAAAAAUGCCCAGCAGAAAUUAGAUGAUGCCAAGAAAAAGGCAGACACUUCAAGCAAGCAAAUGAAAGAAAAGCAGCAGGAAGUUGAAGCUUUAGUUCUGGAACUUCAAGAGCUAAAACAAGAGCAGACCUCCUAUCAGCAACAGAUAGAGGCUGUAGAUAAAGCAAUCAAAAACUACGAGGAACAAGUUAAUGCUUUGACAGCUGAGUUGUCUAAGACAAAGGAAUCUCUGGAGAAAUCAGAGAAAGAGGUGGCUAAUCAAAAGGAAGUCGUUGAGUUACAGAAUGAAGCUAUUAAAGCCAAAGAUGCAGAGACAGCAAAAUACAGAGAACAAAAUAAUGAAUUACAGCUUCGGGUUAAAGAAUUAGAACACAACAUCAGCAAACAUCAUCAAGACAUUGAUGAUGCUGCUUCCAAGAUCAACAAAAUGAUGAAAGAGUACCCAUGGAUAGCUUCAGAGAAGCAGUUUUUUGGUCAGCCGGAUACAGCCUAUGAUUUCAAAGCCAACAAUCCUAAAGAUGUAGCUGUAAAGCUGCAGAAGCUGCAGGAGAAGGAAGAUGGGUUAUCCAAGAGUGUGAACUUGAGAGCUGUGAAUAUGUUUUCUGAGACAGAGGAGAAAUUCAAUGACUUGAUGAGGAGAAAAAGAAUUGUAGAGAAUGACAAGUUACAAAUUCUUGCAACUAUUAAACAGCUUGACCAGAAGAAAAGGGAAGCUUUACACAUAGCUUGGAAAAAGGUGAAUGAAGACUUUGGUUCCAUCUUCUCAACACUUCUACCAGGAGCCAAAGCUAUGCUAGUAGCUUCUGGACACAAGAAUAUCUUGGAAGGCUUGGAGUUCAAAGUUGCCUUGGGAAACAUCUGGAAAGACAACUUAACAGAACUUAGUGGAGGACAAAGAUCACUGGUGGCCUUGUCCUUGAUUUUAGCCACGCUGCUCCUCAAACCUGCCCCCAUAUACAUCUUGGAUGAAGUGGAUGCAGCUCUUGAUCUCUCUCAUACCCAGAAUAUUGGGCACAUGCUUAAUUCACACUUUAAACAUUCACAGUUUAUUGUGGUGUCCUUAAAGGAUGGAAUGUUUAACAAUGCAAACGUCCUCUACACGACCAAGUUUGUGGAUGGUGUCUCUACUGUUGAAAGACAUGGUUUUUGGUCAAGAAAGAAACAUACCUUCAGGAAUAGCCAGAAUAUGGGAAAAGUAUAA